AUGGCAUCAAACGACGAUAAAACGCCCCAGCAACCAGGUGCAAAUGGGGAGCAGCAAGCACCACAGCAAAAAACGCCACCACCAGAACCACAGCCGGAGCAGAAGGAACCACAAUCGCAAGAUAAAGAUAAUGGGCAAUUGAAGAGGAGCCCGAGUAGUGAUCAGAGCGAGCCACACCCGGGAGCCAAUCAGGGAGAUGGAGGGGCAUCAAAAGAACCCAAUGUCAAACCUGAACCCAGCGUAAAAUCCGAAGAUGAGGAUGAGAAACCUCCACCUCAACCUGAGAGGCCCGAAAAGAAGCAACAACCUAAGCCGACAACGCGUGUUGAGUCGCAAAAGCCGAGUCGAUCGCGAAGACGUCGCCGCAACCAACCGACGUAUCUAGAUAGUGAACAAGACAACGACUACGAGAAACAAGUAGCACCUCGACAACAACGUCAAGCUCCACCAAUGUACCAACCACAGCAACAAAUGCAGCAACAGCAACAGCAAAUGCCACAGCCUGCCAAAGCGGAUGGUGGGAAGAACCCGCUGAAAUUAAGACUCGACUUGAAUCUUGAAGUCGAAGUUACGUUGAAAGCGAGGAUCCACGGUGAUCUGACUUUGUCACUCUUUGAAGGGCUGUGA